GAACCACCCUUUCCCACCCCUUUCCCCCACACUAUAAAUACUCUUCUAAUCCCGCGCCCCAGUGUUUUAGCCCUCGUCUCCCCCUGCCCCCCUACGCGCCAUUUUCCUCUCCACAAACACCGCGAAGAAGAGGGAAGGAGAAGAAGAAGAAGCAGCAGCAGCUCCCCGAUCCCUCCGCUCAUGGAUUCCUCCGCUCUCGCCGCUAGGGUUAGGGCUCUCCGCCUCCCCAUCCCCAACCCUAACCCUAGCCUCAGUCCCACCACCGUCCCCGUCCUCUCCCCCGGGUCUCGGCCGUGGGGGCGCCGCCUCUCCUGCCGCCUCGCCGCGAGGUGCUCGGGCCCCGUUAACCCUAACCCUAACCCUAACCCUAAGCCGAGCCUCUCCUGCUCCGCCGUCGCCGCCCAGGAGGCGGCCCCCGCAGCGGCAGCCGCGGCCGAUAUCGUCCGCGUCCGCCUCCGCCGCCUCGUCGAGGAGUUUCACUCCCUCCCCGAGCCCCUCGACCGCGUGAAGCGCCUCCUCGAGUACGCCGCCGUGCUCCCGCCCUUCCCAGAGGCGGAGCGCGCCCCCGCCAACCGCGUCAUGGGGUGCACUGCUCAGGUGUGGGUCUCCGCUGCCGCCGCCGCCGCGGGCGCGGACGGGCUCGGCCGGAUGCGGUUCGCCGCGGACUCCGAUUCGGAGAUCACCAAGGGGUUCUGCGCCUGCCUCCUCUCCGUCCUCGACGGGGCGCCGGCGGAGGAGGUCUUGGAGCUGCGGCCCGAGGAUUUCGGGGACCUCAACGUGGUGGGGUUGCCCGGGAGAGCCCACUCCAGGGUGAACACCUGGCACAAUGUGCUGAUCAGCUUGCAGAAGAGGACCAAGGCUUUGAUCGCCAAAGGCGAGGGGAGGCCGCCCGUUGAGCCCUUCCCGUCGCUGGUUAUUGGGGCCGAUGGGAUUCGUGCGAAGGGUAGCUAUGCAGAAGCUCAGGCAAAGUUUCUAUCUCCUAACGCGAUGAAGGUUAAAGAACUUGUCAGUGUGCUUAGAGAGAAAAAGAUUGGUGUUGUUGCACAUUUUUACAUGGAUCCUGAGGUGCAGGGUAUUUUAACGGCUGCAAAGAGGCAGUGGCCACACAUCCAUAUAUCUGAUUCAUUGGUAAUGGCUGAUGCUGCUGUCAAGAUGGCAGAAGCUGGAUGUCAGUACAUCACAGUUCUUGGUGUAGACUUCAUGUCAGAAAAUGUUCGUGCAAUACUUGAUCAAGCUGGUUUUGAAAAGGUUGGUGUUUACAGGAUGUCAAAUGAACAAAUUGGUUGCUCUUUGGCAGAUGCUGCUGCGAGUCCAAGAUACAUGCAAUUUCUUGAGACAGCUUCAAGAUCCCCUCCAUCUUUACAUGUUAUCUACAUUAAUACUUCCCUAGAGACAAAAGCUUAUGGUCAUGAACUUGUUCCUACAAUUACCUGCACCUCCUCAAAUGUUGUGCAAACUAUAUUGCAGGCAUUUGCACAAAUACCAGAUUUGAAUGUCUGGUAUGGUCCUGAUUCAUAUAUGGGUGCAAAUAUAGCAGAGUUGUUUCAGCAAAUGUCAUGCAUGUCAGAUGAAGAGAUUGCAGAGGUACAUCCCAAACAUGAUAGGAACUCAAUCAAAUCACUAUUACCGCGCCUACACUAUUUUCAGGAAGGUAACUGCAUUGUUCAUGAUAUGUUUGGUCACGAAAUAGUGGAAAGGAUAAGGGAGCUGUACUGCGAUGCAUUUCUAACCGCUCAUUUUGAAGUCCCGGGAGAAAUGUUCUCUUUGGCAAUGGAGGCAAAGAAGAGAGGGAUGGGAGUUGUGGGCUCCACGCAGAAUAUACUAGAUUUCAUCAAGAAUCGAUUAAAGGAAGCUUUGGAAAGGAGUGUUGAUGAUCGUCUUCAGUUUGUUUUGGGUACAGAAUCGGGAAUGAUUACUUCCAUUGCAGCAGCAGUUCGGGACUUGUUGGGUUCUGGUGCAUCUUCCUCCUCUGGAAGAGCAAAAAUUGAAGUUGAAAUUGUUUUCCCAGUCUCAUCAGAUUCGGUUACAAAAGCGUCUCCAAAUGGGUCCCAUGGAUCGAUUUCUACCGUAGCCAGUGAUCUAACCAAACUUGCUAUUGUUCCUGGAGUGGCAACUGGUGAAGGAUGUUCUAUUCACGGCGGUUGUGCUUCCUGUCCAUACAUGAAGAUGAACUCUCUCCAGUCGCUGCUGGCAGUGUGUCAUCAACUUCCGGACAAAAACAAUGCCUUAUCGGCCUACCAAGCAAGCAGAUUUAGUGCAACAACCCCUCUUGGAAGAUCAGUAGCAGAGAUUGGAUGUGAGCCGAUUUUACACAUGAGGAAAUUCCAGGCAACCAGUAAACUGCCAGAAAAGCUUGUUGAUGAGGUUCUCAGUCGGACCGGAGAAACAGUGUCAUGACUGUCUGCAUCUCAUCUGUUCGUCUUUUCGUUGCCGAGCUCAUCUUCAAUGCUUGUACGUCACCAUAUCAACAACUGAAAAUUAUCGGUGGUAAUUUCUUCUCUGAGAAUACAAUUUUGUUUGGUUCUGCGCUGCUCAAAAUAAUCUAUACCAAUUCGAUCAAGAUACCAGGUCUAUUGUGCCUGCAGAAGUAAGGCAACUUAGACCUUGGUUUUCUUUUGUCCUUAUUUAUUGUCAUAUAUAUUAAGUGUUGUCUACUGAGAUAGCGGAUCUGUCAUAUCCAUAACAGUUUUCGCCUCAGUUGCUGUUGUAUUAGUAGAAAUUAAUUUAUGAGGAUCUUAUUAACAUCCUGCAACAAAAAUUGUUUUUGUGUUAGGUUGCGGAAUAAUCAUGUAACUUGAUUACAGCGUAAAAAGAAUUUCAUUUAGUUUAGCAUAA